GGCCUGUUUCCUCUCUGUUUCUUACAUACCAUUAUUGCAAUAAUACCUAUUUUACAGUUGAUAAAGAUUGAAAGUGCAAGAGAGUUGUAAAUGUAAAAGUACAUCAACCAUAAAGGCUAGCAAUUAUUUCUUGAAAGCUACUAAUCAUCAUAUAUGUGUAGUUCAGAGAGGGAGGAGAGAGGCUGAAGAAGAAAACAUGCUAAGCUAAGCUAGGCUCUUCACAUCAUCCGUUGCUUUCCCUUCCUUUGUAUUGUCUGAAGAGAUUCAGACAGCGAAAGGAGAGAAAUGGGGAAAACAGGGCGAUGGCUGAGAAACAUCUUAACUGGGAAGAAAGAAAAGGCCAAAGAGAGAGAAAAGGAGCAAACCGAGCACCGCCCCCAAACUCCCACCACCCCAAAGGAGAAGCGCCGCUGGAGCUUCCGCCGCUCCUCCGCCGCCGCAGCCCCUCCCAAGCCCCUCGACAUCCACAUCGAAAACGAGCCCAAGAAGCUCCCGUUGCCCGCCCCGGCCUCCCAACACAAGGCCGCCGCCACCGUGGCAGCUACCAAGAUCCAAGCAGUUUUUCGCGCGUAUUUGGCAAGAAAAGCUUUGAAUGCGCUGAAAGGAUUGGUGAAGCUGCAGGCCUUGGUGAGGGGCCAUUUGGUGAGGAAGCAAGCCACGGCCACGCUGCGGUGUAUGCAGGCCUUGGUGGCGGUGCAGGCCCGAGCCCGGGCCCACCGCUUGCAUCACACAAAAUCCACCCAUGAAAAUAUGUUUAAAAAUUCCAAUCAAGAUUUGGAAGAGAAUGUGAAGAUCGUGGAGAUGGAUCUAGGCGAGUACAGGCCGGCAACAAGAGGCCGAAACAGCUACUCGCAAAUGCAAGAGACGGCUGAGGCUGAGGAGUACUCAUUGGAGAGCAGUCCGCAGUGCUACUCAGCCGUGGUGUCGAAAGCCGACCACGCGAGGCUCCCAUUCUCGUACCCGAAAGCAGAGUCUCUCUACAACGACUGCCCCAACUACAUGGCCAAUACGCAGUCGUCCAGGGCUAAAGUGCGGUCCCACAGCGCCCCCAAGCAGCGGCCCCCCGAGGCCCCCUUGAUGCUCCUAGACAGGCGCCGCCCCUCCAUAGAGGGCCGGAACGUGCCUAGGGCGGUCAGGAUGCAGAGGUCGUCCUCCCACUAUCAUUGGUCUGUGAAGCUUGAUAGAUCAGCUGUUUCACUCAAGGAUAGUGAGUGUGGAUCGUCUACCACUCUGCUUUCUAAUAACUCCAACUAUUGUAGAUCCUUGGUUGGAUUUGAGGUGCAAGGAGGGAGGUUUUGAACUGCUGACACAGGAGGAGUAAUUUAAUCAUCAGACUUGAUAUAUAGUAUAACGUGUUUGAUUUGGUUUUGGUUUUGGUUUUGGUUUUAACCUUUUUUCUUGGUUUCGAGAUUUUGAUCAUAUUUCUUGGUUACAAGAUUUGUAAUUUCCAUUCUAGUGUAAACAGUUUGCUUAAUCUGUUGAUGUAUGUUUAUGUGGAGCAGUUAAUUGCAUUUUGUGUA